CCGGGCGGCUCCUGGAACCUUCGCUUGCGGCGAUGACAGCCACCCCAGCAGAGCCGUCAGUGUUCGGUGUUCGGACAAUUUGAAAGUACAAUAGUUGGUUUCCCUGUCCACCCGCCCCGCUUCGCUUGCCAUCACAGCACGCCUUUUGGAACUGAGUGGAGAAGUCCCGCUGCUUGGGUUCUCGCUCGCUCGCUCUCCAUAUAGAUACGCCUAACACCUACAUGUACUUUUAAAACAUUAAAUAUAAUUAACAAUCAAAGGAAAAAGGAAAAAGAAGGGAAACAUUACUGGGUUACUAUGCACUUGCGACUGAUUUCUUGGUUUUUUAUCAUUUUGAACUUUAUGGAAUACAUCGGCAGCCAAAACGCCUCCCGGGGAAGGCGCCAGCGAAGAAUGCAUCCUAAUGUCAGUCAAGGCUGCCAAGGAGGCUGUGCAACAUGUUCAGAUUACAAUGGAUGUUUGUCAUGUAAGCCCAGACUAUUUUUUGUUCUGGAAAGAAUUGGCAUGAAGCAGAUAGGAGUGUGUCUCUCUUCAUGUCCAAGUGGAUAUUAUGGAACUCGAUAUCCAGAUAUAAAUAAGUGUACAAAGUGCAAGGCUGAUUGUGAUACGUGUUUCAACAAAAAUUUCUGCACAAAGUGUAAAAGUGGAUUUUACUUACACCUUGGAAAGUGCCUUGACAAUUGCCCAGAAGGGUUGGAAGCCAACAACCAUACCAUGGAGUGCGUCAGUAUUGUGCACUGCGAGGCCAGUGAAUGGAGCCCUUGGAGUCCAUGCAUGAAGAAAGGAAAAACAUGUGGCUUCAAAAGAGGGACUGAAACACGGGUCCGAGAAAUAAUACAGCAUCCUUCAGCCAAGGGUAACCUGUGUCCACCUACGAGUGAGACAAGAAAGUGUACAGUGCAAAGAAAGAAGUGUCAGAAGGGAGAACGAGGGAAAAAAGGAAGAGAGAGGAAAAGGAAAAAACUUAAUAAAGAAGAAAGUAAGGAAGCUCUCCCUGACAACAAAGGUCUAGAAUCCAGUAGAGAAACCCCAGAACAACGAGAAAACAAAGACAAACCGCAGCAGAAGAAGCGAAAAGUUCAAGAAAAGACACAGAAAUCGGUAUCAGUCAGCACUGUACACUAGAUGGUCCCAUGAGAUUAUUGUAGACUCAUGAUGCUGCUAUCUCAGCCAGAUGCCCAGGACAGGUGUUCUAGCCAUUAGAACAACAAUGGACUACAUAUCUGUUAUUGCUCUGUCUAAACAACAUUGAAAAUAGUUGCUAUAUUCUUCAUAUGAGCAUAGUUAACAACAAAGAGCCAAAAGUUCAAAGAAGGGAUACUUAUGAAUGGUUAUCUUACGUGCUUCUAAGCAUUUUUAAAACACAAGAAAAUGUUGUACAUUAUUAUCAAUAAGUUAUCAUUAAUGUAAUGAUGAUAUCUGGAGAAGAAGCCUCUUUUCCCUAUAAAAAUAUUUUUGGAGCUCUUGUUUUAAGAAGCAGAAGAUAAUUCUGAAAAUUCAAAGAUGCCAUAUCCCUUGAAAACAAAGAAAAGAUCAGGGGGAGAAAAACAAUGUUCUAAGACAAUGUGGGUUUUUUGUUCAGGAAAUCUAGAGAAUGCUCACUCAGUAUUAGGGCCUGGCAUUUGGAAUCAUAGGAUCUAUCAUCACAGAAACAACUGUUUUAAGAUUACUUCUAUUGUCCGCAUCCUGUACUUCUGCAAGAAACAUGAGAGUGCAUAGCAGAGAUAAAUAUACUGUAUGGGAUUGGAGGAAGGCAAAAUGUGGAAGAAAUAUAGAACUGGAGAUUACUUUUUUGCUCUCCUAAACUGUGAAGGGUUGUGAUCUCCUGGAACAGGUCUCCAAUCUGUGUCAGCACUGUGUGGUUUAGCCUCUGCUACCCCUUGGAUUAUAUAAGUCUGUAAACAUGUGCCUGUAACUUUCUUCCAAAAACAAAAUCAUACUUAUUAGAAGAAAACUCUGAUGUCAUAGAAAACAAAAGAAAUAGAGCAAGGAGAAUAUGACACGUUUGCAAAGUCAUGUGUUUUCUUUCUCUCUCAAUGAGGGAAAAAAUGAUUUUAUUACCUGCUUAAUGGUCCACCUGGAACUAAAAGGGAUACUACUUUCUAACAAGGUGUAUCUAGUAGGGGAGAAAGCCACCACAAUAAAUAUAUUUGUUCAUAGUUUUU